AUGGACCGGAACCUGGACAUUUCAGUCAAAGAGGCGUACGUGCAUAAGAGUGUGAUGGAGGAGCUGAAGAGGAUCAUCGACGACAGCGAGAUCACCAAGGAGGACGAUGCCCUGUGGCCACCUCCUGACAGAGUCGGCCGGCAGGAGCUUGAAAUAGUAAUUGGUGAUGAGCACAUCUCGUUUACCACGUCAAAAAUCGGUUCACUCAUUGAUGUAAAUCAAUCCAAGGAUCCAGAAGGCUUGAGAGUGUUCUACUACCUGGUCCAGGACCUGAAGUGUCUAGUCUUCAGUCUUAUUGGACUACACUUCAAGAUUAAGCCAAUUUAAAUCAAAAUGAAAUUUGUACUUCAGUGUCUCUAUGGGGCGGGGGGUGGGGGUGUUUCAAUUUCUCACUAUUUCUGGCCUGAAGCUUUUAUGUAUGUUAGAAAUUUUUUUUACAAACUGUCAGUGACUGUCUUAAUAAAAUGGUGAGAUUUGUAUUUUUAAUUU